AUGGCUCUAGAUCUCCAAACUUUGCUUAGAGUGGAAAACAUUUGUUGUGUGUUUCCUUUUCGGGCCAUCACAUCAUCUUCUGUUCCUCCAGAUUCUGAAACUAUACUGCCAAGAAAGAACGCUCUGCUGCAAGUCUUUUCCUGCUCCACAUGCCCUCGUUCCGAUGCAUCUCCAAUUUACCUCGACAAGCAUAUCCAGAGAUGCCACUAUAAAGAGUACGUGAGACUGCGAGAAUCAGGAGAGAUUAAAUAUAAGCUUCAGAUCCCCUCCAAAUGCUCCAGUCGUCAACCAACAUCAACUGAUAUUAUCCAUUCUGAUACUUCCCAUAAUGAUAUACAGAAGGAAAUUCACCACUGCUCAGAUUGUGGAAAGAGUUUUAGUUAUCAGAAUGCACUCAAGACACACCAGCGCAUUCACACAGGGGAAAAGCCAUAUCACUGCUCACAGUGCGGGAAGAGUUUUACUCGUCAGAGUAAUCUCCAACGACACCAGCACAAUCACACAGGAGAGAAGCCGUAUCACUGCUCACAGUGUGGGAAGAGUUUUCCUUGUCAGAGUCAUCUCCAAACGCACCAGCGCAUUCACACAGGAGAGAAGCCGUAUCACUGCUCACAGUGUGGGAAGAGUUUCUCUCAGCAGAGUAAUCUCCAACUACACCAGCGCAUUCACACAGGAGAGAAGCCGUAUCACUGCUCACAUUGUGGGAAGAGUUUUAAUCAGCAGAGUGCUCUGCAAACGCACCAGCGCAUUCACACAGGAGAGAAGCCGUAUCACUGCUCACAGUGUGGGAAUAGUUUUACUCAUCAUAGUCAUCUCCGACGACACCAGCGCAUUCACACGGGAGAGAAGCCGUAUCACUGCUCACAGUGUGGGAAGAGUUUUACUCAGAGUGAUCUCCAACAACACCAGCGCAUUCACACAGGAGAGAAGCCGUAUCACUGCUCACAGUGUGGAAAGAGUUUUACUCGUCAGAGUAAUCUCCAAACACACCAGCGCAUUCACACAGGAGAGAAGCCGUAUCACUGCUCACAGUGUGGGAAGACUUUUACUCAGCAGAGUCAUUUCCAAAUACACCAGCGCAUUCACACAGGAGAGAAGCCGUAUCACUGCUCACAGUGUGGGAAGACUUUUACUCAGCAGAGUCAUUUCCAAAUACACCAGCGCAUUCACACAGGAGAGAAGCCGUAUCACUGCUCACAGUGUGGAAAGAGUUUUAUUCGUCAGAGUCAUCUCCAA